AACUGCAUGGCCAAAUAAGCCAAGUAAUCCGACACUAUCGCACUAUAUAUUGUCAGGGCUCAUCAACUUCUGCAGAUCUGUUGGGCUCAUCAACUUCUGCAGAUCUGUUGGGAUUCAAAAUGCAUCGGAAAAAUUUCUAGCCAAUAAGUCCACCAAAAACUCCAAGAGAAUCGAACCCACCCCACCUUCUGUGGUUGGAACACUUUACAGGUCACUGUUCACUACAAUGGAUUCAUUUUACAACAAGAUAGAAGCACGUGAUCUGCUUGAGGCCGUCAUAGAUGCAAGGACGACGAAGGGUGCAAAGGUUGUACAACUGGCAUACUUUAAUAUGGUCAAUGGAAUGUCAGAUUUCUGCUUGGUAGCGGAGGUGGACAAACCAAGAUGUUGGAAGCUUACAAAGACCAACAUUGAGGACAACAGCCAAGAAGAAGUUGUACUACGCAUACAGGGUAUUGUUUGCAAUGCAAGUCUUCCACCUGUGAAACGACCAUUUAAAAUGUAA